AUGAUUUCUAACCUUUGGCUUAAUGUCGAAACAGCCCAUGUUUCUAUUACAAUCGCCCAAUUUCUCAUUGGAAAAGCAGCGAUUACAUCUACGUAUGCAACACUUUAUACAAUCACGCCUGAGCUUUUCCCUACAGUGAUUAGGAAUAUGGCUACCGGGGUUUGUUCAUUGAUUGCUCGUAUUGGGGCAAUUACUGCUUCUUUUAUGAUGAUGUGGCUUGUUCAAAAAUUUGAUAAAACUAUUGUUGUUUACCCUUUCGCAACUCUUGCUUUUGCCGCUGCCUUUGUUGUUUUUUUCUUUCUUCAUGAAACUUCCGGCUUACAAUUUCUUGAGACGAUUGAAGAAGCAGAACGAACAACACAUCUUGUUGAAAUGCAACCACUUGCUCAAAACAAUAUUAUUGACGAUGAAAAGAAAAAUACAGGUGAAGACGGAAAUGAUUCGUAA